UUUCUUGUCACUCCAGACCCUUGUAAAUGAUCUUUACAGCUCCUUCAGGGGCUGCAAAGGCACAGUUGGGUUACCCUGGAGCUUCUCUUUUCCGGGCUGAACAAUCCCAAUCCUCCAUCUCUCGUAGUUUUUGUGUCACCCGGUUUUGUCCCCACAAAGCCCUGCUUUAGUGACAUUUUUGGACCCCUCAGAGCAGGACCGUGCUCUUGGUUGACUCUUCCCCCCAGGAGUGAUCUCUGGGCUGCGUGCUGUGGUUCAGCUCAGCAGGGAAAAAUCAAUGACUCACAUUUCCACAGAAAGAAAUGUAAUUUCCAGUCUCAUAGCAACUGUCCUUUCAACACUUUCAAACCUUCUGUGACAAAAUGUUUAACACUCACCCAUCAGCUUUUAAUGCUCCAGGCUGGUCCGCCCACUCCCCCCAGCUGAAACCUGCAUUUGUGCAUCCCUGAAUCCCCCAGAAUCCGAGGGGGGAUGCUGGCAAGACGCUCAACAGUUAAAUAUAAAAUCUUAGACAUGAGAGAAGUGUUGCUGACUGCAUUACAUCAAGACAGAGUGACUCUUAAAAUUCAAAACUGUGUUCUCUUCACUUUGAUUUGAGUCCCUGGUUUGUUUUUAUACACCUUCAGAUAGUUUAAAAUAGGUUUGGCUGGUAGCUUGGCUAAAAUAUUUUUGGAAAUUAUCUUACUUAGAGAAAGAUAUUCUUUAGUAUAAAGAAUCUUGGUUUUCUUCAAGCUGAAAGAGAGCAGGGUUAGGUGGGAUAUUGAGAAUUGGAGGGCAAAGAGCUCACUGAACUUGUCCCAGUGAGACCAGAAUCACCAGGCACUGAGGGCAUAAAACACGGGUGGAACUGGGCACCUGUGUGCUGUCCAGAUGUGUUACUAACUGGAUUUAACUGGUUUUUCUCGUAGCUGAUGAUGGAAGAGGUGCACAAGGGUGGCAGCAGCAGCUCUGUUCCGUCCCAGCCCUCAGCUGUACAAGGUACAACCCUCCAGGCAGCUCAGCUCUCUCAUAUUGCUCAACAGAUGUCUCUCAGAGGUUCUGCUCCUCUCACAGUGGUUCAGCUUCCUGGAGAGCAAGUCCAGGUCCAGGGAGUCAUUCAGACAGCUCAGUCCUCCUCUGUGAUCCACUCCCCUCAGGUGCAAACCGUGCAGGUAUCUUCCUUGUCUGAGAGUGAGGACUCUCAGGACUCCUCAGACAGCAUUGGCUCCUCACAGAAGGCUCGAGGCAUCUUGGCUCGUCGUCCAUCCUACCGAAAAAUUUUGAAAGAUCUUUCUUCUGAAGACACACGGGAUAGAAAAGGAGAUGAGGAAAGUCCUGGAGUCUCCACUGUCACCUCCAUGUCUGUCCCCACGCCCAUCUACCAGACAAGCACUGGACAGUACAUUGCCAUCGCAGCCAACGGGCUGCAGCUGGCAGGGCCGGGGGCAGACGGGGUGCAGGGCCUGCAGACUCUGACCAUGGCCAACACCAGCAGCUCCCAGCCCGGGACCACCAUCCUGCAGUACGCCCAGACCUCGGAUGGGCAGCAGAUCCUGGUGCCCAGCAACCAGGUGGUGGUGCAGACUGCCUCUGGGGACAUGCAGACCUACCAGAUCCGCACCACGCCCACCACGUCCUCCCUGCCCCAGACCGUGGUGAUGACGUCCCCGGUCACUCUGACGUCACAGACCAGCAAGACGGACGAUCCCCAGCUGAAACGGGAGAUCAGGCUGAUGAAGAACAGAGAAGCUGCCCGGGAAUGCCGUAGGAAGAAGAAGGAAUAUGUGAAAUGUUUGGAAAAUCGAGUGGCAGUCCUGGAAAAUCAGAACAAAACUCUAAUUGAAGAGCUAAAAACUUUGAAAGAUCUUUACUGUCAUAAAAGUGUGUAAGAAGAGAAGGUAAAAGCCUUUGGGGACUGGUGAAAUAUCAGAGGAAAAUUUUUUUUUUUAUACUGAAUUUUUUAAACUAGAUGAAAGGUCAAAAAAUGAAACUUUUCUACCUAGAUUUCACAGCUCAAAGACUCCAUAGAUUUUCUUUACAACACGUUGGUGACAAAGUACAAACAGGAAACAAGAAAACCUCACCAAAAUUCCUGCUGGCACAACUGGAAACUGAUAAAUUCAAGAUUGCAGCUACAGUGGAAGGACACGUGGCGAGGCAGGUGAUGAGAGUUUUUUGAAAAUUCCUACGGAUACCUCUGCUAAGGGAGGUAAAAUUUGGUUACAAAGGAAACAUGGAUGAAACAGAAUCCUUGCCAUAGCUGACAUUAUUAGUAACGUUUAUAACCAGUGUAUGUUUUGAUUUCUUACUCUUUUUCAAGCCUUUUUCCUUCAGUUAUUUGUCUGUAAAUAUUUUUAUUUUAACCUGUAAGUUGAUAUUUACAGGUGCAGAUGAUAAAAAAGCUGAUACUUUGCUCGAGGUAUAAAUUAUGUUUUUACUCUUUCUCAGAUGGCAGUUGAAAAAGUUGGGAUGGUUUUUUUCCAUGUUUGGCGUUUUUAUCAGAUUGGGGAAGGAUCUGCAGAAGGCAGCAAGAGGUUUGGUCCUGGAAAUGUCUGAGGCAGGGAAAAUUGUGCUGAUUUUCGUAGAGAAUUCAACACAUCAAUGAUUUUAAAGCACAGUGGGAGGGACAAGGACUGGUGACAAAAGUUCUGAAGAAUUUCUGAAAAUUAAACUUCUGAAAUUUUUUAAUUUUGCAAGAGUUUGUUCUUAGUUCUGGGCAUGAGAAACAUCAAUCAUUGAAAAUUAAAUUGUGUGCUGAUCAUAUCUACAAUUAAACACUCAGUGCUUGUCCUGGCUGGGGAUUCUCCCAGGCUUUGGAACGUGAAACCAAAUAGAAGAAAAAUGAUGUAGUAAAAAAUGGAAGAUCUAUACCAAAGGGUUAUGAGGUUCUAAUCUCUGGUUUAUUGCUGGAAGUAGAAAAUUACAAUUUCCAGCCUAAUUUUGUAAGGUAGGAGCUAUUUUGCAAAGUAAUGGUGUCUUUGUAAGCAAAUUCUAUAUUGCAAACAGGGAGAUGGUUGGUAUAUUUUGUAGCUAAAUUGUGAUCUUUACAAAACCUGAAAUUGAGUUUCUAUACGUAUUUUGACAGUUUAUAUCUUUCAUUUUAGUAACCAAAUGAAAUAUUUUGUGAACCAGAUUUUCAAGGAUAUAUUUUUAUGGAUAGUACAAAGUCAAAUGAGAUCCUCUUUGGUGUAGGAGAUACUUGAAUUAAUUUUGUAUGUCUGUAGGCAACUUGCAGAAAAAACGGAUCCUAAAGAGUAUUGGGGG